AACAAUCGCAUUAUAUAAACUCUAAAUACUUAUAUAAAAUAUUUUAAUUUUAUAUAUUAUCUUAGAUCACUUUUUUAUUGUUAUUUCUGGUUUUGUUUUGUUUUUAUUUUUUUUUUUAAAAAAAAAUUUAUAUAUUUGUGGUGUGGUAUUUGUUUUUUGUGGUGUGUUUUAAUAUAUUCAAGAAAUCAAUUUUUGUAUAAUUAACAUAUAUAAAAUAAUAAUAAUAAUAGAUUAACAAAUAUACUAUUGUUUUAGAUAUUAUUUUUAUUUUUUUUUUUUCAUAAUCGAAAAAAUUGUAUUAUUAAUAAUCCUUCGAAAAAAAAAUAUAAAAAAUAAUAAACAAAAUAUAUACAAGAAGAAAUGGUUAAUAUCUUCUUAAUUAUUGUUGCUGUUGUUAUUCCAGCACUUGUAGCAUUAGGAGGUUUGUAUUUAAUUGUAUACUUCCAACAUCCAGAUGAUAAAAAUGUUGCCUAUUUCCCGAAAGUUAUAGUUAUUUUAGGGAUAACUUUGGCAGCAGUUAGUGUUUUAAUGUUGCCAUUGGAUGUGGCGAAUAAUGGUGGACAAGGUGGGUUCCCUAUGGAGACACUUUGGAUUGUUGUUUAUAUUAUUACUGGUUGUUUUGCAAUCGUAAUUUGUCCAUUUGCAAUGUUCUUUUAUGAAUCAGAAGAAGCAGAUCCAGGUAGUGGUAGUCAAUUAGGUGGUGCAUUAAAAGGUACAAUUGCUAUUAUGUUUGUUUUUGUUGCACUUACAAUUUUAUUAUAUGUAUUCUUUGGUGUUGCAGAGGUACCAACUAUAAAUGUAUUAAUUAGAUUCAAAAUCAAAGAUCCACCACUUGAUGCAGAAGGAAAACCAAUUAAUAUUGCCACAUCAAAAUAUGCUUUUAUACUGGGUACAGCUUCUACAGAUAGCACAGUUUUAAAUGCAUUCAAAAAUUCCACAAAGGCGGGAGAUGGUACAGGUUAUAUAGAAUAUCGUUCAAAUAAAGAGUUCCUUCAAUUCCGUGUCAGUAUUGCAUUAUUCAUCAUUACAAUGGUUGCUUUCUUUGGUUGGUUAUUAUUCAUUAUCUUUGGUGGUAUUGGUAUUGUAGCACUUCCAUUCGAUAUGAUUGCAGAUUUCAAGAAUCGUCCACAAAGAAUCCCAUAUGAUAAAUAUUUGGAAAGAAAGAAAAAGAUUGGAGACCGUUCAAUUGAGCUUUUAGAAAUCGGAAGAACCAUUCAUGCCCGUUCACCAGGUGGUAUCAUGAGUAAACGUGAUAGAAGAAACUAUAAUCGUUUCCGUCAAUCAGUCUUUUUGCUUGAAGAAGAUUAUGAGCGUCUUAAAAUCUCAUACAAAAGACAAGGUGGUAAAGUUAUUUUAUAUUAUGCACAAUUCAUCGGUGGUUUCGUUUGCCUAGUAAUAUCUUUAGCAUGGUUACUUCAUAUUAUCAUCUAUAUGAUUACCCAACCAGAACCAUUCCACCCAUUCCUCAACUCAUUGGUAAUGGCACUCGAUGAUGCCUGGAGUUUCUUAGGUACCAUUGUAUAUGGUCUUCUUUCAUUCUAUUUAUUAUUCUGUGUAAUCAAAGGUAAUUUCAAAUUUGGUUUACGUUUAUUCUUCCUCUUCCCAAUUCAUCCAAUGAGGGUCGGUGGUACUAUGAUGAAUGCAUUCCUUUUCAACGUUGGUUUGAUUUUAAUAACAUCUGUUUCAGUUACUCAGUUCUGUACAAUGGCAUUCUCCCAAUAUACUUCAACCACAGCUAUUAACUCACUCUUUGAAACAGCUGUUCGUAAUCUCAAGAUUCUAAAAUGGUUCUGGCUUGUUUAUAUUUUCGCAAUCUUCAUCAUGGCAAUAUUAUCAGCCAUUGUUUUAUUCAUCAAACCAAAAGAUAAACCAGCCAAAAUUAAACUUUAA